AUGAAGUUCAACAGUCAAAUAUCAGGAUCAAUGAUUCUGAAGGAAGUCAGCAACAUAACAGUCUUCCUCAUUGCCAGGAGGCACGCGGUGCUCAUAAGAGCAGCGCAGCGGGACAGGAAGAGACUGGACGUCCAUCACCACCAUCACCACCACACCAGCAACAGCAGCAGCAGCAACGGCAGCAGUAGAGGCUACUCAGUGCGGCUGGAGAGCAAGGCAGCCAGAGUGCUGGGGAUCCUGGUGUCUGUGUUCUUGGUCUGCCUGAUCCCGUACUACGUCUGCAUGAUGCUGACGGACGCCUUGGCCCAGUCGUACGACCGUGUGGUGAACACCCUGCUGACCCUCUUCUUCCUCAACUCCAUGGUCAACCCCGUGAUAUAUGCCCUGUUUUAUCCCUGGUUUAAGAAAAGCGUGAAGCUCAUUGUCACACUGGCAAUAUGCAGACUGGACUCUUCUUUCACUAACGUGUUAUCCAGUGAUUGA